AUGGACUGGCUGGUUAAACAUCAAGUGAACUUGGACUGUGCUAUUAAACGGAUGGUAUUGAGGACUGUGGAGGGUGACGAGGUAGUUGUAAUUAAGGAUCGAGAUUAUUUGUCAAAUGUGAUAUCUACAUUAAGGGCCGAGAAAUUGGUUAAUAAGGGUUGUGAGGCAUAUUUAGCCUACAUCGGUGUUUUAGAUUUUGAGGCUUCUUCUGUUAAAGAUAUCAAAACAGUUAAGGAUUUUCUGGAUGUAUUUCCUGAUGAGCUACCUGGGUUACUACCAAACCAUGAAGGGGAGUUUAGGCUUGAGCUCCUGCCUGGUAUAGCUCCAUUCUGGAAAAGGUUACACGAGGCUUUGGGUACAGGGCUGGACUUCAAUACUGCGUUCCAUCCUCAGAAAGAUGGUCAGCCAGAGAGGGUGAUUUAG